AUGUUUAGCAGGACUUUUAGGUUACCGUCUGACUGUAUAGAAAGGUCGAGCGGAUUGGGAAGUUCAGUGACUGAAUCUCAAUCGUUGUCUCAGGAAGAUAAUCCACCUGCUAAUCAAGACGCUGAGAAAUUAUCGACAAAGAUAUCAUCUAAAAUUUCACAAUCAGACCCGUGGCAGUUGUUAGAAGAGGAAAUUAUUCAAAAUCCAAAUGAUAUCACUAAAUGGGACUUGUUAUUCAAAUCUUUUGAUGAGAAAUUUGAAGAACUAUACGAUGAACAAAAUAAAGAAAGCAUAAGUGAUGAGUUCAAAAAGUAUGUCCAUCGAAGCUACUCCGAUUUAUUGCAAAGAUUUCCGUAUUUGAAUAACUACUGGAAGAAUUUUCUGAUAUUUGAAUAUAAGUUGAAUGGAGCUGAUGCUUCUAUUGAUGUUUUGAGUAAAUCGGUGAAUAAUUUCCCACAUUCUAUUGACUUAUGGAGCGACUAUAUGAGUGCCCUAAUUACUCAAUAUGAAGGCACGCCUGAAGCUUCUAGACAACAAGAACAAAUAAACUUCAUAAGAGCACAGUUUGACAAGGCACUUACAUAUAAUGGACAACAGUUUUUAUCACAUCCAUUGUGGGAUAAGCUUUUUGAAUUCGAAACGUCACUAAACGUUGACGACGAAGAAACGAGUAGAGAAAUAUUUUUUACUUGCUUGAAAGUUGUUAGAAUUCCCUUGUAUCAAUAUGCACAAUACUACAAGAAGUUUGUGGAAAUUAAUAAGAAAUUUUCAAUCAACGAUGUAUUCUCGAUGGAACAAGAUAAGGAUUUGUUAAUCGAGGAAUAUUUGAAGAGAUUCAAUAAAGGCUCUGUUGAAGAAUUUUCGUUAAUUGAAGAGCAUCAAAUUAUUGAUGAUUAUUCAUACAAGAUUUUUACAAAGACUCAAGCCAAAGUGAAUGAAAAGUGGAAAUAUGAAUCAGCUCUAGCAAUAACUGAAUUUUCAUUACAAAAUUAUAGCCAAAUUGAGGAGGAAUCAGAGAAAUGGAUAAAUUAUUUGAAUUAUGAAAUUGAAAAUUACAGAUCAUUGGAUACUGAAAAUAAAGAUAAAAUAAUUCAAUAUGAAUAUGCUGUCAAUAUUUUUGAAAGAGCUCUCAUUCCACUUUGCUUAAAUAGUAAAAUUUGGUUGAAAUAUUUGGCAUUUAUAAAUACCCUGCAUCUUGAAAACGAAGAAAAGUAUGAUAAAAUGAAAGCUAUUUAUGAUUUGGCAAUUAAUAGAUUUAUUCCAUUAGACGACAAUUACAUCCGAUUCAGCUACGGAAUCUUCUUCAUGAAGUAUGAUAAAUUUGAGCUAAGUAAUGAAUUAUUCUUUGAUCUUAUAAAAUUGUUUGGCGGUUUGGGAAGUUCGAAGGUAUAUCAAAAAGAUGAUUAUUUAGAAGCUGUUAAUUCAUUAAUCAGACUUUGGUCCCAAGUAUUAGAUGAGAAUAAAAUAACGAAAAUAGUAGAAGGAAUAAUAGAUAAUUAUUUUGAGAAACCUGAUCGGUAUACAAAAAGGCCUGGUGCUUCCGAAACGAAUAAGAAAGUAAAGGAUGAAAGCUCUGAGAAGUUUAUAUUUAAUGAUAACUAUGUCAAGAUUUUUGAAAAACUAUUAAACGACGAAUCGAUAUGCGUGGUAAUAGACUUUUACCUAAAUUAUUUAAUAACUAACCUUACUCAAUCUACGCAUAUCAAAAUUAGAAAGUUUUUCAAUAGAUAUUAUAAGGAAUCAGCGAUACAGAAAUCAGUUAAAUUUUGGAAGUUUUUUGUUGAAUUUGAAGGAUUGAUACAUCAUAAUAUGGUGAAUUUAAAAAAAAUCAUUAAGCAUAUACAAUAUAAUACCCAAUUGCCUAAAGCUAUUUUAGAUAGUUUCAUUGAUUUAAAUUAUGAAAUAGUAAGUGCAAAUUUGUCUGAAAUUUUUGAUAAUAAUGCUAAUACUGGAAGAAGCGAUGACACUUUAAUAAUGUACGAUAAUGAUAUAUCCGAGUCAUUAAUAGUGAAUUCGUCUGGUAGGAAACGCUUGUCGAAUAACAACUACAUAAUUCAAGAAUUAGAAGAAGCAAAACUUGCUAAAUCUCAAAAUAAAUAUGAAUCGGGUCAACCUUUGGUUAAUAGAGAAGAAGAAUUGCUAAAGAUAAUCAGAAAACAUGCAGACCAUCCGGGUAUUCUAGUGGAUCACACACCGGAAAUUUCAAACAAGAUUAUGAACGAAGGAAAUUGGGUUUCUUUGGAUAAGGAUGUUGUGGAUGUGCCUAAUUUUCCUACUUUUAAGAAUGUGGAGAAAGCUAGUUUACCGAUCGUCUUCCCGCUGAAUGAUAUAUAG